UCCAUCCAUCCAUCAUGAGUAGAAUACGUUCCAGCCAGCCAAUGGUCGGGAGCUUUGUACAAAAUAAGGGAAACUCUGUUGCUUUGAUCUAUCCAUCUGCGGCUGAGUAUUGUAGAUUUUCACACACACACAUACAUACAUACAUACAUAUGCCCCUUGCCCCCGGCGUGCCAGAUGAAGUUGUAUUUUGCUCGGGAGGAUAUGCUUACAUUACAUUGAAGAAUUUUUUUAGUAAAUGCCAGUCAGCUGUGUGCUUCGUUAUUCACACACAACCAUGAAUUCAUUGAGUUGAGUCGGCUAUAUUAUCAUAGAUGUUCCUCCCAAGCCCACACAUCGGACAAUUGAUUGUAAUUCAUCAUCCAUCCACAGUCAGAAAGAAUUCCAUUCCAUGGCAUUGGCAAUGCUGCCUCGCCUCGUGCUCGUGCAGAUUGAACCACCCAGGGCCGGGGGGUGGUCAUCAUCUCUGUUCCUCGAGAUGAGAUAAUACAUUACAUGAGCUGUCUGACGUCACAGCAAAACCCUGCUUUACAUAACACUCGUAGUAAUUAUUUGUCAAAGUACAACAACCUCUCUCCACUCCACCAUGCUCAAAACCUCUCCCAGCAGCAAAGGCGGUGGCCGAGAGAGAGAGGCGACAGCCGAGCAUGCCAUUAUCACCUUUCUCUCCAUUGGAUUAUAGAUAAGCCGAGCACCUCAAACUCGAAAGAUAUAUAUAUAUAUAUAUAUAUAUUGAAGUUGGCUCAAGGCCAAUCAUGGAGCUCCUCCUGCUGCAGCAGAUGAUGUUCUUCAGUCCCCCUUCCAAAUCGCCGCCCAUCCAUCCCUUCUCUUUCUACUUUUCCCAUCCCAGCUGUUCAAAACCUAUUUCAUUACGCAGGCAGAGACCCAGAAGCAGCGUACUGGCUCUAAAAUACACCCCUUUUCUCUACUCAAAUCACGAUAUGAAGGAGCUUUCUUGUGAUUUCUACAACGAAUCGAUAUGUGAACUCUGUCGGGAAGGAGAAGUCGACCCCGCCAUGGCGAUGUUGUCCCAGAUGGAGGCGGUGGGCUUUCGUCCCAACUCUGUAUCUUACUCAUGUUUAAUAGCGGCUCUUGGUAGAGUUGGAAGAAUUCUAGAAGCUGAUGUGGUUUUGCAGGAGAUGCUUAUUUCUGGUUGCACCCCGAAAAUCAGGUUGCUCAAUUCUCUGCUCGCGAGUUGCCUGCAGAAAGGCAUGUUAGAAUUCGCAGACAAAGUGUUGAGGGCCAUUGAUGGCGUUGGCCUGGAAAAGAACCGUCAGACAUUUGAGAUACUGAUCGACUAUCACGUGAAUGCUAGGCGUCUGAAGGACACAUGGCUUGUGAUUUCUGACAUGAAGAGGAAGGGCUAUUCCCCGGAUUCUUUCCUGUAUAGCAAGAUUAUUCAAAUUUAUAGGGACAACGGGAUGUGGAAGAAGGCGACGGAGGUUCUGAGAGAGGCACGAGCAAUGGGGACUGAGUUGGAUCUGAGAAUGUAUAACAGCAUCAUAGACACUUUUGGGAAAUACGGGGAGAUAGGAGAAGCUCUUCAAAUGUUUGAGAAAAUGCAGCAACACAGGAUCAAGCCGGAUGCUAAUACCUACAGCUCUUUGAUCCGGUGGCACUGUAAAUUCGGGGAUAUUGACGGCGCUUUUGAUCUGUUUCUUAAGAUGGUGGCUGAAGAACAAGGGAUUCAUCCCAAUCCAAAUAUUUUCAUGAUCAUAAUUUCUUGCUUAGGGGAUCAGGGAAAGUGGGAUGCCAUCGAGAGGAUUUUUGAGUGCAUGAUGCGCAGAGGGCAGCAGCGGAGUGGUGCCAUGUAUGCCGUGUUAGUUGAUAUCUACGGACAACACGGGAAAUUCCAAAAUGCUGAGGAUUGUGUAACUGAUCUGAAAUUGCAAGGCAUCCAACCAUCACCAAGCAUGUUUUGUGUUCUGGCAAAUGCCUAUGCUCAGCAGGGGCUGUGUGAGCAAACUGUCAAGGUACUGCAGCUCAUGGAAGCAGAAGGGAUGGAAUUGAACCUAGUUAUGCUGAAUGUGUUGAUUAAUGCUUUUGCUACUGCUGGACGGCAUAUGGAAGCCCUAUCUGUUUAUCACCAGAUAAAAGAAAUAGGUUUCAGUCCUGAUGUGGUAACAUACACCACCCUCAUGAAGGCCUUCCUGUGGGCCAAGAAAUUUGAUCAGGUCCCUAAGAUUUACAAAGAAAUGGAGUUGUGUGGAUGUCAGCCAGACAGAAAAGCCCGAGAGAUGUUGAAAUCUGCAUUGCUCGUUCUUGCACAGAUGCGUUGAUUGUCUGGGUCUGGGCGGUGGCUAGGAGUGUUGGAUUCUUCUUGCAGUAUGGUCAGCACUGCAGAAGCAGGUGGGUUAGAUGGGGUCAGUCACGAUCUCCUCUGGAGAUAGAACCUCUCUUUCAAGAUGUAUGAGAAGGUUUUAUAAUGGGCGUGCAGCAGAGGAGAUAUGGUUUUGGGAGGGGAGGGGAACGGAAUGGAUAGCCUAUGCCCAUCCAAGUGCUGCUGCUGCUGCUGCUGCUGCAUCUGCAUGUAUGGACAUGGUGGUGGUGAUGGAAAAGACAGAGAGAGAGAGAGGAGCCAAAGAGGGCACCGCGUACUUCCCGUGUGAAGAAGAAUAAUAGUAAUUCUAUUAUAGUGCAAGUAGUAGUCGUCGUGUCAUUGUCAGUGUGUCGUGUCAUGUGUACGCACAAUACAAUACAUACAUACAAAGAUGUUGUUGGACAAAUGAGGAAGAAGCAUCGGCCGCUGGAGGUGACAAUAUAAUGUGGCUGUAGUCAGCUGGGGGUUGGAAAGGAAAGGAAAGGAAAGGAAAGGUGUCGAUGAAGAAUGAUUGUCUUGUCAUUGCCUGAAAUUGAAUUUUAUUUAUGGCCACCUUAAUUCAAUUUUGAGAAUGAUUAACAAUACGUUUCAACAUAUAAACUACUACUACUGCUACUACUAUUUUACAAGUUAAAAAAGAUUUAUUUUAGCCACGCCACGGUGUACGUACUCUUAUAGUUAAAACAUGCAAAGAAAGAAUACCACGAAUAUAACUUUUUAGUAAUUAAUACUACUAGUAUAUAACACCCUUUCUUUGACUUGACUUGAUGUUUGUUUAGCCUUGAUUUUCUUAAAAGAAACUCAAUCUUGUUACAUAUUAUUAUUAAUUCUUUUGUCCAAAUUAACAAUAUACUACAUUUAUUAUUUAUAUUAAAAAUUGCAUCCAACAUCCUAUUUUCAUUAAAUGCAUAAUUAAUUUAAUUUAAUUUAAUUUUCCGUUCCAUCAUCAUCAUCAUCGUUCAUCCCUCCCUCGGACCUUU